AUGUUUGGUUUUAUAAAGAAUUUUAAAGGGAGUCUUGUCGUUACGGCACUCCUGGUAGCUCUUCUUGCCGUUGGUAACGUCCUCUGCACAGGUGUACACGAUGACGAGGUGACAAAGCAGCUGCUGCUUGCUGGUGAUGCGGCGCUACGACAGGGCCGCAGCCAGUACCAGGAGGCAUUGGCAAAGUACACGGAGGCCCUCGCCCAUAACCCCAGUAGUGUUCGUGGGUUGUACAGUCGUGCGGAGUUAUUGUCUAUGAUGCGACAACGGGAGGAGUGCAUGCAAGAUUUGGACCGCCUGCUCCAACUGGAUACAAAACACCACCGCGGUUUGGCUCUUCGUUCCUCACUCAACGCCCAGGCAGGCCAUCUGCAGGAGGCGAUUCGAGAUGUUGAAGUUCUUCUCCCUCUCUACAAGGAAAUGAAGAAACCUUCCAAAGUGGCGGAUUAUGAGGAGAAAUUGCGAGACCUGCAGCAUUACACAUCCGCGUGGCUGCCACUUCGGAAAAAACUUGAGGCGCCCAAACAUUCAGCAGGCGAUAUCACUGAAAGCGAAUACAAGACAUGCGUCGCACUGCUGCAUGAUAUGAUUCGUAAGUUUGCAAAGGACAAUGUAGGAAUGCGAUUGCAACGGGCUGAGUGUGCACUAGCAUGUGGUGAUAACCAGGCAGCCUCAGAGGAGCUGAAGUACGUUGUGCAGAAGGAACCUCAAAACUUGGAGGCGGUGGCGUUAGCUGCACGUGCGUACCGCGCAUUGGGGGCAAUAGAACAAGCGCGGGCUGAGUUGCGGAUGUGUCUUUCUUUGGAUCCGGAGUACGCGGCGUGUGCACAGCUGCACAAACUUGUGCGGGGGCAGAUGCGGAUCACAAAGGCGAUCACGGAGGCGCUCGAUGCGAAGGAUUACCAACGCGCCUUGCAGCAGAUUGACGAGGCCGAAGAGCUGGAGGAAAACCCGCCGUACAAGGAUCAGCUUCUGCUUUGGCGCUGCACGGUGACCGUUGGAUUGCGAGACACGGAGAAGGGUCUUUCCGUAUGCGAGGAAGCCAUUGAGUUUCUAGGCGCGGAGAACCCGGCCUCCUUUGAUGUGCACCUGCAGAAGGUGGAUAUUUAUCUUAUGCAGGACGAUCUAAAAAGUGCCGAGGAGCAGCUGCAAAAUGCCCGUCGGCUCCAGCCGAAUCACGAGCGUGUGAAUGAAUAUAGGCAGAGAAUAGAAAAUCUUAAGCGCGUUGCGGGGAGGAAGGACUACUACAAAAUUCUAGGCGUUAAAAAGACAGCAAACGAUGCUGAGAUCCGACGGGCCUACCGUCAUCUCGCAAAGACAUUACAUCCCGACAAGUUACGUUCGCAGGAACUUUCUGCAAAGGAACGACAGAAGGCGGAUGAACGUUUCCGUGACAUUAACGAGGCGAAGGAGAUUCUGCUUGAUGAAAAGAAGCGGGAGAUUUACGACAGUGGCGAGGACCCAACGAAGCCAUCUGGACAAGGCGGGGGGCAGCCGUUCUACGGCCAUCCGUUCACAUUUCAUGGCAAUCCAUUUGGUCACGGUGGCGGUCAGCAAUUUUUCUUUCGCUUUGGCUGA